CCAUUCCCUUCCCAUUCCCAUUCCCAUCCCAUCCCCAAUCCCAUUCCCGUUCCCAUUCCCAUUCCACGGGGUCAGGCACACCCCGGUUCCCCACGCUCCCAUUUCGGGAGGUCUCUGCCCCAGAUUCCCCCUCCAGCCGGGGUUUGGGAUAUCUCUGGGAUAUUUGGGAUUGUUUUCCAAUCAGCCCAGUGCAGGGCUUUGGAAUCCCGGGAGAAUUCCAGCUGUGGAAUCCUGGGAGGAUUCCAGCUGUGGAAUCCCAGGAGAAUUCCAGCUCUGAAAUCCCAGGAGAAUUCCAGCUCUGAAAUCCCGGGAGAAUUCCAGUUUUGGAAUCCCAGGAGCUGUGGUAUUCCAGCAGGAUUUGGGAUUUCGGGAGUGGCUGCAAAACCGUGGAUGGAAUCCUGGAAUUUUGGGUUCAGGUGGGAAAAGGGAUCCGAGAUCCCAAAUCCAAGCUGGGCUUCCCUUCCCCUUUUCCAGAGGGAACGGGGCUGGGAAGCAGAGCCAGGGAUGAGGAAUUCCCUGUGGAAUUCCCGGCUGGAAUUGCUGCUCCUGCUCACCAGGGAAUGGAUUUGGGGAAGGAAUUCUGCUGGUUAACCCUUCCUGUGCCACGGAGAUGCCGCGAGCCAGGCUGGGAGAGCUGGGAAUGUUCCCCUGGAGAAGGGGGAAUUCCAGGGAAUUCCAGAGUCCCUGGAGGGGCUCCAGGAGAGCUGGAGAGGGAAAAAGGGGGGAAUGGAGACAGGAAGGGUUGGGAUUUUGGGAUCAGGGAUUGUAGGAAAGAGGACACAACGGGCUGGAGGGACAGAGCGCGGGAAUGGCCCCCGGAAUCCCUUCGGGAUCCCUUGGGAUCGUUCCCAGACCCCCGCGGCAGUCCCGAGGAUGAAUGGCUCCGAGCUCGCCGGCGCGGCGCCCGGCCCCGCGGGCACGGGGGAGCCGGGCGGGACGGGGCGCCAGGAGCACGAGCACGACCCCUUCGCCGAGUACAUGUGGAUGGAGAACGAGGAGGACUUCGACCGGCAGGUGGAGGAGGAGCUGCAGGAGCAGGAAUUCCUGGAUCGCUGCUUCCAGGAGAUGCUGGAGGAGGAGGACCAGGACUGGUUCAUCCCGGCGCGGGAUCUUCCCCAGGGAAUGGGGCAGCUCCAGCAGCAGCUCCACGGCCUCUCCGUGGGGGACGGGCACGGAUCCGAGGACAUCCUGAGCAAAAGCAACUUGAAUCCAGAUGCCAAGGAAUUCGUUCCCGGAGUGAAAUACUGACCUCGGAAAUUGGGGAAUGGCCUGGCCAGAGACUGAUUCCCUGCUCCAGGGAAAAGUUGGGACAUGGGAAGAGCCCGGAGCGGCUCCAGCACCGGGAUCUGCUCCAGCUCCAAGUACUUCUGGUUUUCCCUUUUUUGUUUUUUUUGCUUUUUGUUUUUUUCCCUGGCUUUUCCUCACUUUUUCUUGGCAGUUUUUGGCUUCCUGGGAUUUGUGGCGACCCCGCCAGCGGGAAAAUCUUGGAAAAAAAUCAUGGAAAAAUCUUGGGAAAAUCGUGAAAAAAAAUCACGGAAAAAUCAUGGAAAAUCCUGG